AUGGCUUCCAAAAAGAUCAUAACUAAAUACGAAAAGUGUUUACAAACUUGCAUUUCAAAUCGCGAUCCGUUAGGAAUAGCAAGAAACAACGAUCAUUUGGGUGAUUUGUAUGCUACUUUAGGAGAGAAUGGAAUGGCCAUUCAGAAUUAUGAAAAAAGUUUACAAAUUUACACUCAAGUUAGCCAUUCGUUGGGAAUGUUAGAAAGCAAUACAAAGUUAGGCAAUACAUAUCUUAGUCUAGAAGAAUACGAAGAAGCUAUAACAUAUUACAAAAUGAGUUUAGAAAUAAGCACCAGAAUUGGUCUUCGAUCAGUAGUAGCAAAUAGCAAUUGCACAUUGUGCGUUGCCUAUCGGUGCAAAGGAAAUAAUAAAGAAGCUAUUACCUAUGGCAAAAACGGUUUAGAAAUAAGCACUGCUAUUGGCUUUAGGUCAGGAAUAGCAAGUAACGCUACCAAUUUGGGCAUUGUCUAUCGAUGUUUAGGAGAAUAUUGGAAGGCCAUUGACUAUUACAAAAAAAGUUUAGAAAUAGACACUGCUACUGGCGAUCAGUCAGGAAUAGCAAGUGACAAUGGCAAUUUGGGCAAUGCCUAUCUCAGUUUAGGAGAAUGUCAGAAGGCCAUUGACUAUUACAAAAAAGGUUCAGAAAUAAGCACUGCUAUUGGCGAUCAGUUAGGAAUAGCAAGUAAGAAUAGCAAUUUGGGGAGUGCCUUUCUCAGAUUGGGAGAAUAUCAGAAGGCCAUUGACUGUUACAAAAAAGGUUUAGAAAUAACCACUACUAUUCGCGAUCGGUCAGGAAUAGCAAGUAACAAUUCCAAUUUGGGGAAUGCUUAUCUCAGAUUGGGAGAAUAUCAGAUGGCCAUUGACUAUCACAGAAAAAGUUUAGAAAUAAGCAUUGCUAUUGGCGAUCAGUCAAGAAUAGUAAGCAACAAUGGCAAUUUGGGCAAUGCCUAUCGAUGUUUAGGAGAAUAUAUGAGAAGGCCAUUGUCUAUUACGAAAAAGGUUUAG